AUGAAAGAGCUGAAGGCUCAGUAUGAGACUGCCUUAGCUGAAUCGGAACGGAAAAUGAAACUGACUCAUUCUCUGAGAGAAGAACUUGAGAAAUUUGAUGCCGACUAUAGUGAAUUUGAAACCUGGCUGCAGCAGGCAGAACAAGAACUUGACAAUUUGGAGGCAGGUUCUUCUGACUUCAGUGGUAUUAUGGUCAAACUGAAAAGGCAAAAGAGUUUUUCAGAAGAUGUUAUAUCUCACAAAGGUGAUUUACGGUAUAUUACAAUUUCUGGACAAAGAGUUUUAGAUGCUGCAAGGUCUUGUAGCAAAAGAGAUGGCGUGAAGGUUGACAAAGAUGGUAUCGAUAUGUCGGCUACGUAUGCUGCAGUGCAAAAUAAACUGGAUAGUGCUUCAAAUCGUUUCAAAUCUCUGUAUACUAAGUGUAGCAUCCUUGGAAAUAACCUUAAAGACCUGGUGGAUAAAUACCAGCAUUAUGAAGAUGCCUCAUCUGGACUUUUGUCAGGUCUCCAGGCCUCUGAAAGAGCUGUGAACAAACAACUAUCUGAGCCAAUUGCAGUGGAUCCCCAAAAUCUCCAAAGACAACUAGAAGAAACCAAGGUUCUUCAGGGACAAGUGUCUAACCACCAAAUUGCUGUAGAAAAACUGAAAAAAGCUGCUGAAGUGUUAUUUGAUACAAGAGGAGAGUUGACACCAGACAAAGAUGAGAUUCAGAAAACACUGGAUGAUAUCGUGGAGAGGUAUGACAAUUUAUCCAAGGCUGUGAAUGAAAGGAAUGAGAAGCUCCAAAUAACUCUGACACGAUCACUAAGUGUGCAGGAUGGUUUGGAUGAAAUGCUGGAUUGGAUGGAAGGAGUUGAAAAGAGCCUUGAAGAACAAGAUCAAGUGCCUUUGAAUUCUGCUGCUAUUCAGGAUAUUAUUAGCAAAAGCAUUAUGCUUGAACAAGACAUUGCGAGUCGCCAAAGCAGUAUAAACACUAUGAAUGAAAAAGUGAAGAAGUUCACGGAAACAGCCGAUCCAUCCACAGCAUCCACGCUGCAAUCUAAAAUGAGUGAACUUGCAGGACGGUUUUCUGAAGCAAGUAACAAGCAUAAAGAGAAGCUUAUGAAAAUGGAGGAGUUAAAAACUAAAGUGGAGUUAUUUGAAGGUCUAUCAGAAAAACUUCAGUCAUUUCUAGAUGAGAAAAACCAGGCACUCAGUGAGACAGAGGCACCAAGAAAGGAUGUUAGUGAAGUGUCUCAGUAUAUGCAGGAAGCUAGUGUAGAAUUGGCACAACAUAAGAAGGAUCUGGAAGUUUUGCAGCAGCUUCUUGAAGAACUUUCAUUCCAUGCUCUUCCUGGAGAUAAAGCAUUGGUGUUAGAAAAAGUAAAUGCUUUGUCAAAGAAAUUCAGAGAGGUUGAGGAGACUGUAAAGGAAAAAGAAGAGGAUGUAUCAUCUUGUCAGAAGCAAAUGGAUACUUUUGAGCUCCUUGUAGAAUCAUUAAAGAAAUGGGUAAAAGAGACAACAGAACGAAUUCCAGCAGUGCAACCCUCUCUGAAUACAGAGGAGUUAAAGAAACCUUUGGAAGAUACAUUGAAUCUAAAAGAUGAAUGGACAUUAAAAGCACCUGAACUGCAGAAAAUGAAUAGCAGAGGAACAUUGCUGUGUAAUCUAAUUACGGCUGUGACUUCUCCUGCCAAACUGAGAGCAGCUGCAAAAUCAGGUGGCACAGUGUUAAAUGGUGAAGGAGCUCCAGGAACUCAGGAUUUCCUGAAAAAUAAAGAACUGACAACUGUACAACAAGCCAUGUCUGAUGUCAAUCACAGUUACGAAGAUUUGGGAGUUUUAUUGAAUGAAAAGAUUUCAGAACUAGAAAGUAUGCUUUCAAAAAUGCAGAAUAUUCAGGAAGAAUCAACCUCAAUGAUGCAGUGGUUACAAAACAUGGACAAAACUGCAUCAAAUUGGGAAGCUGCUCCAACUGAUAGUGAAGCGGUUAAAGCCCAAGUUGAGCAACACAAGCUUUUUGAAACUGAAUUAAAGCAGAGUGCGAAUAAAGUGCAGGAACUAAAGGACAAAGUGACAGAGCUGUUGGAGAAGAACCCCGACUCUCCUGAGGCACCCAAGUGGAGACAAAUGUUAGAUAAAAUAGAUUCCAAAUGGAAAGAGCUCAAUCAAGUUACGUCUGAGAGACAACAAAAACUGGAGGAGUCUUCAAAUUACCUGACCCAGUUCCAGACAGCAGAAGUUCAGCUAAAGCACUGGCUUAUAGAAAAGGAGCUAAUGGUCAGCGUGCUGGGACCACUAUCAAUUGAUCCUAAUAUGCUGAAUACACAAAAGCAACAGGUUCAGAUUCUGCUCAAAGAGUUUGACACCAGAAAGCCACAAUAUGAGCAGUUAACUAUGGCUGGAGAAGGGAUUCUGAAGAGACCUGGUGAACAUCCACCCUCCCAUGAAAUUGUAAAAGAGCAACUGGCAGCUGUGGCGCAAAAAUGGAACAGUCUAACAGGCCAACUGAGGAACAGAAGUGACCGAAUUGACCAAGCCAUUGUGAAAAGCACAGAGUAUCAAAGUCUACUCAGAAGUCUGUCUGAUAAGCUAAGUGCCUUGGAUAGCAAACUAAGCAGCAGCCUGGCUGUGAGUACACAGCCUGAUGCUGUGAAACAACAACUGGAAAGUGCUAGAGAAAUGAAGGAGGAAAUAGAACAGGAAAUGAAGAAUAUAAAUGCAGCUCAAGCUCUUUGUGAAGAGCUGUCAGCACUGGUUGGAGAAGAGUAUUUGAAAGCAGAACUUAUGAGACAGUUAGAUGGCAUCUUAAAAUCGUUUAAGGAUAUUGAGCAAAAAUCAGAUAACCAUGUUCAGCAGCUUCAGUUGGCAUAUGCCACUUCUCAUCAAUUCCAGCAAAUGUCUAAGGACUUUCAAGCCUGGCUAGGCAAAAAGAAAGAAGAGCUGAACCAGGCUCGUCCUGUAUCAGCCAGACUUGAUGCCUUGCAAUCACUAAUUGAAGAACAAAAAGAUUUUAAGAAGACCAUGACCGAUCAAAUUAGUUCGUAUGAAAGAAUUGUUGCAGAAGGGGAAGGUAUCUUGCAGAAGACUCAAGGAGCUGACAAAGCAGCAUUACAAUCCCAAAUUGCCACACUCAGAAGUAACUGGGAUGAAAUGAAUAAGCAGGUUAAAGAAAGGCAAGAUAAAUUAACAGAUUGUCUGGAGAAAGCCCUCAAAUAUAAGCACCAUGUAGAAAAUCUACAGCCAUGGAUAGAGAAGUGCCAAAGCAACCUGCGUGAAUUAAAAGUUGGCAUAAACCCUGUUGAAAUAGAGAAUUCUAUUGUUCAGGUGAGGGCCUGGCAGAAGGACCUGGAUAAACACCAUGGGAUGGUGGAGCUAUUAAAUAAUACUGCUGAAAGUUUGCUCAGUGCAAGUCAAACAGAUAAAGAAAUUGUUCAAGAAGAAACUAAGGUGCUGAAUCAGAAAGUGAAUCUGGUCACAGAACAAUUACAGAAGAAGAGAGAGUGCUUGGAAAACAUGGCACAAACGCUGAAAGAGUUUCAGGAAUCAUCCAGGGAGACUGAAAAACAACUUAAAAGUGCCAAAGAGCAUCUGGAAGCUCAUGACUCACUUGGACCUCAGUCAUUCAGUAACAAACACCUGACAAUGAUGCAGGGCCAGCAGAAAGCCUUGCAGGCUUUAAAGCCCCAUAUGGAUUUAGCAAAAAAGCUUGCCCAAGACCUGGUCGUAGAAGCUUCUGAUUCAGCAGGGGUUUCUGACCUUUUGCUCCAAGCUGAAUAUUUGGAGCGAGAAUACGCUGCAGUGAACCAGCAGGUUGAAGACAGAUGCUUGUUCUUAGAGACAAAACUUCAGGGAAUUGGCCAUUUCCAAAACAGCAUCCGAGAGAUGUUCUCUCAGUUUGCAGAGUUUGAUGAUGAACUUGACAGCAUGGCUCCAGUGGGGAGAGAUCUCAAGGUACUGCAAUCACAGAGAGGGGACAUUAAACAUUUCCUGAAAAAGCUGGAAGACCUUAUCAUGAAUAAUGAAAAUGCUAAUAAAAACUGUAAAAUGAUGCUAGCCACAGAAGCUGAAGCUUCUCCUGAUCUUAUUGGUAUAAAAAGAGACUUGGAAGCUUUAAAUAAACAGUGCAACAAGCUACUAGACAGGGCAAGAGCCAGGGAAGAUCAAGUGGAGGGUACUAUUAGCCGUGUUGAGGAGUUUUACAGUAAGCUAAAAGAAUUUUCCAGUCUGCUUGGGAGAGCCGAAGAACAUGAAGAGUCACAAGGCCCUGUUGGAAUGGAAACAGAGGCUAUUAAUCAGCAGCUGAAUAUAUUCAAG